AUGGCCGCAUCUGGCCAGGAGGUUACGCCGGAGAUGUGCUUUCAGGGAUUUGGUGGCCUCCAAUUUCGGUUCGAUGCAUACGAUCGAUACAAUGAGUUCUUUCGCAACGACAGUUCUUUGAUUAGUAUCACCGCCGGCAUCUACACUGGUCCCGAAAACAUUGAGGAGUAUGUUCGCUUUGGUGGCACUACCAAUCCCAUGGUGGGGUUGGCCGACGGGUAUCAUCAGCCUGGUCUACGGGGCAUCGUCAACGGCACAUGCGAGAUUCUUCUCUUCACCAACAGCUGGUACGAAUUUUUGCCAGGCGCUGCUCGUGGAGGCAAGAUGAACGCCACUUUGAUGAGUCUCAUUGAAUAUGAUGCCAUUGAGAAUUACAUGAAGAAUUUCAUUCUCUACUUGCCACCCGCAUGGAUGGAUGGGAUCUUUGCUCAAUAUGCAGGGACCGAUAGGACUCGCGACUUUGUUUGCAGGACGAUGCGAGACAGCUGUCCCGACGUGUGGGAAGCCAAUGAAGAAGUCUUUAGUCAAGCUACUGUGGCGAUGGAGGGCCGCGCUGCCGACCAAGAUUUGAUCCCUUGCAAGUCUCUCCUCCGUGAUAUGCCACAUGUCGAAGGAGCGAACCUUUACGUCGAUGGGGACUCCCAAGGUUGUAGGGCACUCCAUAGCGUCUACGCGAGCACAAAUAGCGAUCACUGUCCUCACAUGAGCUUCGUGCCCAUAAAAGAUGUCAACGGAAAAAUCAAGUGCCAAGAGUCGGCGGGGCUUUCGACUUCCGAUUAUUUCACUCAGGAGGACCUCGACAAGUUCGAUGCCUUUGUUCAGGAGAGCAGCUUUCGAGUCGACUAUCCCUCUGGCGCUCGUCUUUUUGAUAUGGAGGAAAUGACAGAGGAAGAGAUUCUAGGAUUUUAUGGUGACGUUGCGUUAGGCGAGAUUGAGACUGAGAUUGAGGUAGAUGCUUCCUCCGCGAAGAUUGGCAUGAGUGGUUUUGCCUUGGCCGUUUUGGUUUCUUUUCUCUUGUGA